AUGCUCGAAACAGAAAUCCUGCGAAAUCUACGAAAAGCGCAAACUCCAGACUAUUACACCGAAAUCUAUGUAUCACUGAAAGCGAUCUGUAGCAUAUUGGAAAGUCCAUCGGAGUAUUCUGAAGUGACAUCUUUAGUACAUAUGUACAGUUUUACGACCAACGAACUCAUUCUUUCAUAUUAUGCCCGAAUAUCUGAAGACACGGACAGCAGCAGUUACGAAAGCGCAUCUCGCAUCAGUAUCCAAGUCGGCCAUAUUCCAACAACAGGCGACAAUGUUUUGAUCAUCAUUAAAGUACUGGGACUGGAGAACGUACCAGAAGUGAAUAGUUUAUGUGAUCGAAUGGAUCCGUACGUUCGACUCGAAUUGCUUCCUACUUGUAUCUAUCCACCACAUUGUUUUUCUGUACAAAAGACGCGAACGCUCACACAGUGCGAGGAUCUGAAAUGGAACCAAGAUUUCCAGUUUCUCGUUCCUCAAGAACUCUUCUACACUCAUGGGUCUUCACUCUGUAUCUCAGUACUGGAUCAUGAUCGAAUAUGUGACGAAAUGAUCGGCCGUGCAUUUCUUUCCACCAACCUACUGCCACGACUUGACUGUCUGUCCGUGAAAAAACUGCCACCACCACAAUCACUUCGACUAGGUCAACCUAAAAUCGGACAUCGAUUACCUUUCUAUAAAAUGCUCAAGGAACGCAGUCAAUACGACGCCACCGCUAAAGAAUUCAUACGCCGAGAGAAAACUGCUAAGGAAAUGUAUAUCAAGUGCUUAUCAAGGCGAUUUUCUACUCGACUCAAAAGUCUUAAGAGGCCUAGCUUCAAUGCUAAAUGA